AUGAAGUUGCUGUGGUGCUUCAGUGUUUGUUUGUAUCAGCAAGCUUUGGCAGUCUACAGGGAAAGGGAAGUCAUUCAGUACGUUACGAACGUAACGCGUGUUCUUGCAGCACAGCGUACAGGAUCACUUGUCUGUUGGACGCUUCAAUUUAGCAAGCAGCAUUCGGCAGAACUGCUGUUCAAUGCAUUGGUUCAAGCACUGUCCGUAGGGGAACAUAAAACCAUCCUGCAAGCUGAUCACACGAUUACUUACGACGCAUCACACCAUGUUCCGAACAUGGUCGCCAUUACGCUCGAUGUGCUGGACGAGGUCGUUAAUGUUGAAAAUAUUUACACCUGGCUCCAAGCCAUCCCCGUCGAAUGCUUUGUCAUUCUUCUAUUCAAACAAACCAACAUAGAUCUGAUAGUUCCAAUCGCAAACACCUUCGAAACAAAAGCUAUUGUCAACUUCAUCAUGAUCGCAGUAAAUGUGGAUUGCUUGUACACAUUUCAUAACAUGCCUCCGCGAGCAGUAGCCCUGACAGGAUUUCCAACACCGGAAGCCAUUGUGUACGAUCGGCUAAAGGAUAUAAAUUUAGGCGAACUAUCCGCAUCAUGCGCACGUGACGUAUACACCUACCCAUUCGGAGAGACCGUUGCAGAUGGAGAAGAUAUACAACUGUUUAAACUGUUUUUCCACCGGCUGGGAAUGAAGUUAAGCAUUAAACCAUUAAACUGCAAACCGUUGGAAUCGUAUGUGCAGUGUUUGAAUGACCAGACCGAUACCGCUAUAUUUAUCAAUCGUUUCAUGCCACAUCGGUACGAAAAUUUAUUGGUCGACGCGAUCGAAAUGUACAAGUACGGGCUAUACGUUCCUAAUGGUCGGCUGCUUACCAUCAUGGAGAUUUUCCUGCUACCCUUCGACAUCAGUGUGUGGGGUUUGGUGGGUCUGUUGUGUGCCACAUUUUGUAUCCUGCAUCGUCUCGCACCCAACCUUUAUCAAAACAAUCUAAUCCUGCUUGCAAUUUUUGGCUGGGAAAAGCGAUCCUUGCAUCGAAGCGAUCGAUGCGAAAAACUGUCCGCCAUUGCGUUGAUCAUACUAUUUUUCCAGCUCACAUGCGUGUAUGAAACAAUCAUCAUCUCUAGCAUGAUCAAUAGACCGAUAAAACGGACACCGAAAACCAUUCAGGAAUUCUUAAACACAAAUGCGAAGGUUCUGUUCGACUCGAAGGUGCUGGAUAUUCAACCGUUCAAUAUGAAUAUACGUGAAAUGGAUAUAAGGAGUAAAGAUUAUAGAUUGGAAGAUUCGGACAACGCGGCAAAGCUAGGUAACAUGCUUUCGUUGGAGUUAGCUGCGAUGGAUGCCAUGAACAUUGAUCAAGCUACCGGUCGGCCACAACACGUAGUAGUGCAGGAAACUUUGUUGGAAAGUAUGGCAUUCUACUACUUUCGAGAGAAAUCAAUAUUUGCUAAAAGAUUUGCCCGAUUUCGACGGUUGGUGUUUGAAGCAGGUUUGCAACAUUGCUGGAGAAAGGAGUUGAAAUUGUAUAACAUGCGUAAACAACAGAUGAUCUACCAUGCUAUGAACAAUCAAGAGAAAGAUUUUUUAAAACUAGAGAAGAUAGCUCCUGUAUUUAAAUAA